AUGAUGCAGCAGGUGUUUCCACGUGAAUCAGACCGCGCUUGUCGCGAUUACCGAGUAAAAUUUCCCGAAGAGAUUGUUCAUGACAAUUUACCUGGACAACUGUGGUUCGGCGCAGAGUGCCUUACGGCGGGCUCAAAUAUCAUUGACCAUGAAGCGGAAUCGGAGGCAAUCAGACCGAUGGCUCGUGCGCUAACGAAACAUCUGGACACUUUACGCGAUUUACUCAAGGACCAGUCGCUUCGCGAUCCAACUCACUACAGCGACAAAGUGAAGCGCAGCCUAAAGCAAUUUGAUGAACUCUUCGCCGAAUUUGAACUGAAUUAUGUGAGCGCCAUGGUACCAGUGAAGAGUGUGAAAGAGCACGAUUGCCAGUUGGAUAUUGCUGUUUUAUUCUCUGAAACCUUGGACAGGUUUAUUUUUAACUUAAAAUUUUUGCCAAUUUUCAAAUUACGUUGA